AUGAAGACCGCCGCUCGAGCAUUCUACUUGGGUCUCUUUACUCUCUUGAGUACUUGUACUUCUCAUGUAGAAGCCCAUGAUUCAUCGUCUAAAUCUAAGACAAUUCAAAGUCCAGAUGUUUGCGCGAUCUCCCCAAAAGCAAUCGUAUCCGAUGCGUGCACAACAUACGCUACCCUCGAUGACCUCAAUCGAGAGAUAUCGCCUUCCCUAGACGACCUUACACGAACCACUGAUUUCUUCGCGUAUUACCGACUGAAUCUUUUUGGUAAGGAAUGUCCUUUCUGGAACGAUGAGAAUGGCAUGUGUGGCAAUAUCGCUUGCGCCGUCAAUACGUUAGACAAUGAAGAAGACAUACCACCGGUGUGGAGGGCACAGGAACUGGGAAAACUGGAAGGACCUAAAGCUGGUCAUCCGGGCAAGAAAGUACAACAGGAGCUUCCAAAGAAACCCUUACAAGGCAUGCUCGGUGAGGACGUGGGAGAGAGUUGUGUGGUAGAAUAUGACGAUGAAUGCGACGAGAGAGAUUAUUGUGUACCGGACGAUGAAGGGGCUGGGUCGAAGGGAGAUUAUGUGAGCUUGGUAGACAACCCGGAAAGAUUUACGGGGUACGCUGGUGAGGGUACAAAGCAAGUUUGGGACGCCAUAUAUCGAGAGAAUUGCUUUUCGAAAACAUCUUUCCCCCAUUCUGCAUCCCUCGGACACUCUCCAUUUUCUCUGAAAGAACCAGCGACAAACGAACUCAAGUCCGUUCUCAAACAACACGGCCGUCAACAUAUCCUGGAAGAACAGCGAGAGCACUCCCCAAAUCUUCCAUUCGUAGCGGAGACUGGCCUUGAGUUAGAAGACGAAUGUUUGGAAAAACGUGUUUUCUACAGAGUCAUUUCUGGCAUGCACACCUCUAUCAGCACACAUCUUUGCUACGAGUAUUUGAACCAAAGCACUGGUGAAUGGGGCCCAAAUCUUCAAUGUUACAAAGACCGUCUACAUGGCUUUCCGGAACGUGUCUCGAAUCUCUAUUUCAACUACGCUCUUGUUCUACGUGCAGUCACGAAACUCGGCCCUUCCCUUAAAGACUACACUUUCUGUUCUGGAGAUCCAGCCCAAGAUCAGCUUACCCAAUCUAAAGUGCAAACCUUGAUGUCAAAAGCAUCAAAAGAAACUCAAAUAUUCGACGAAAGCUUGAUGUUCGUCAAUGGCGAAGGUCCAAGUCUGAAAGAAGACUUCCGCAAUCGCUUCAGAAACGUUAGUCGAAUCAUGGAUUGUGUAGGCUGUGAUAAAUGUCGACUCUGGGGGAAGGUUCAGACCGCAGGUUAUGGGGCAGCACUGAAAGUUUUAUUCGAAACAGAUAAUAAUUCGAAAGAUGUUCCGAUUUUAAAACGAACCGAGCUCGUCGCCUUAUUCAAUACAUUGGGUCGCAUUUCGCAUUCCUUGCGCGCCAUCAAUGAGUUCCGAAUCUUGGUUGAAGCGGAAGAAGAUACUCCUAAAGAGGCUGUUAAGUUGAACGACCGUGUGACAAAGCCACAUAAUGUCAUUACCGACGAACCUCGUGAAGACCCAAUAGCAAAAGACUUUGCCGAUUAUGACGAGCAGGAAAAAUCAAAGCGGGAAAGGCCUACCGCCUCGGAUAUCUUUUGGAAUGAACUAAGAAUGACGUGGAGUAUUUUCAAAUAUGUUAUAUGGGGUUGGGUCAGAUUUCCCAAGACUAUAUGGGAAAUUUUCGUACUAGAGAUCUCCAGAUUUUGGGAAUAUUAUAUUGGUCUUCCAGUAUCUCCUCGAAAAUGGACGAUCGUGCGCCCAAACUUCGAUGAGCUUUAA